UUGCAAUCGAAUGAUAAUCAUAGAACAAAAACGCUAGAGGCGUUCCUGGUGGGAUUUGUAUACCUUAACGUGUACUUUGUCACAUAUCAGAUCAGUGUUAGUUCAAGGCACAUGGCAGUAGCGUUUGACAUACCAGUACACAACAUCGGCAUCUAUUUCGACAAACUAUACAGUCAAAGGUGCUUCCUGCUGGGAUUGGGAUCACUGCUGGAAUACUCAAUAUACCUGACAUCGUCGUUAGACGAUAAGGUGCGUAAGUAUUUUAGCAUCUUUUCAAUCUCUGUGUUGGUUACCACCAGGUUCAUAUUCGCUAUUUUCCUGCACACUUCAAAGAAAUUGUCACUACACGCCUACAUUAUUUUAAACGCAGAAGGCCUAUUACACGGGUGCUUUCAAAUGUCGAUACUAGCGAUAGCUCCACAACACACGUCAGUCACUGACCUGUCAGCUAGGAUCUCAGGGUUGUUUAUGUUUGUCAUUCAGAGGAUCACCGAUUGUAUAUCGUACCACAAGCCACUCCGGAAUGUAAAGACGGUUAGCUGGAUUUGCACGCUGAGCAGCACGGCAGCGAUUUUUGUAUGGUACUACUAUCUGUUUCACAUCGACCAGUCCACUAAUGAACGAAAACGUGUCAGAGAAACGAAUUCAAUAGCCCGGACAGGUCCAUCAAGUAUAACACCGACUGUCGUCGGUGCGAGGAAACUAGAUCUUUGGAGCCACUUUAGGAACGCAAGUUCGCAGUUAAUGCUGUUCGGCACUUCGUCCUUGUUUAAGGAUUUCCUGUACCCAGGUGUCCUGCCGUACGCUCUGCUCGAGAGGGAUAAGUCUCACUUUAUUAACCUCAUCGUAACUCUCGUUUUAGUAUCUGGGUCAUUUGCGAUAUAUUUCGUACACGAGUACAUUCCGAGUUUCAGAUACUGGAGUGGAAUUCACAAUGUAUGCUGGUUACUGGUAAUUCCGAACCUCGUGUCCCUCAUACUGUCCCUUAUGACAAUCCAUACAAGAAAACCACUCACACUGCCAAUACGGGGAUCAAGACUACGAGUUUUGAUACUGACAUUGUGUAUGAUGGGUUCAUACUGUAUUAUGUGCCCAAUGGGUUUUGUUGGAGUGGCAGACUACGUGUACUACAAGUCGCAAGAUAAAAAGGGGAGCCAGGGCCUAAUAACAUACCACAAUAUAAUGUCCCUGGUCUACAGGUUUAUGUUCUCUAAACUAUCGGUAGGGUACAACGACACAAGAGUCAGUUUAGGAUAUCAUCUCCCUAAGUUCAGACCAAAUCAUAAAAUGAGCAAACAUAAUCUGGCUUGGUAUUUCAUUAGAAACACAUUCGGAAGAGCAGUUAAAGAUACAAUCAGUGACCUGAGAAUGGACAUAGAAAAAUAUUUGUAA